AUGGCACCCGCAAAUGCCAAAGCCAACUACAAGACCUACGAGGCUCAGGCUCGUAUGGUUCGGGCUAUCGUCGCCGCUCAUCCCGACGUCAAGUGGAACUACAAGGAAAUCGCCGCUUGUUACGGCUCUGACAUGACAGACCAUGCUUUGAAUCAUCGAUUCCGCAAGGUUCGGGCAACUGUCAGCAUUAUCCAUGCGGCCCGUGAGCAAGGUCUCGAUGUCAAGGAUUUGACCACCGACGAAAACCUCCUCCCUACCACACAGGGAGCUAUUGACAAGAACAAUAUUGCCAAAUACUUUGGCCAAUCUACCGCAGAUGGCAUCCAAUUCCAGUUCCGAACUAUCAAGAAAGACGCUGAGGCCCUUCGUUAUGCCGCUAACAAUGGUGAUGAUGUCGCCAACUGCCUCAACCUUGGCACAGCGUCCGGGCUGCCAAAUACCCCAUCUAAACCUACUCCGUCACGCCAGCCUGGAAGUCGAUCGGCCAAGGGAUCCAAGCGCAAAACUUCAUACACGCCCUUGAAUCCCAUCAAGCGCUCCGGCUCGGAAGAUGAAGACGACGACGAGCUUAACUUUGAUGAAAUGGAUCAUACUCCCUCAAAGAAAGUCAAGACAACUGGUCGUACUCCUCGUGGCCCUACGCCCUCUCGCACAGCUGCCCAGAAGGCCGCUGCUACUAUCGCCGGCGCUUCCGCGCAGUACAAUGACAGCGAGUCUCCGUACGAGGAUGCCCCUACCCCAACUCCAGGUCCUACUUCGGCUCCUGUCGGUCUCCCUGCUGCAACGCUCCCUCCUUCUGCGACUGUUGCUCCGACCUCUAUCUUUGGCAACGUAGAGCGUAAGCCUCAGCCGUCCGUGGUGGGAAAUUCUGGUCUUGACAUGAUCAACUCAGUUGGCCUUGGAUAUCCCGACAUCUUCUCAGUCGCGGGAACCUUUCGCGCUCCACCUCCCGAUGACUCGUCCUACAUGGAAUGGGGUGACGGAGAGAUCUAAACUCUCGAUCUCGAAUCGCGAUCUCUGACUUGAGCAAUAACUGAUACCGUCGACAAAGAUUAACGGAUACAGUACCAAAAUAUGGAUGAAAGCUCUACAGAGUGUACUAUACAACAUACCACAAAAGCACGAAUGCGGAACCGGUUCUUUUUGUUAGCGACAUAUGGCUUGAUCGGCUUUUACUGCCUUGCUGUCGGUAUUUUGAUCAUAUUUCAUGCCCUUGCCCCCUGUUUUCCCAGCACAGAUACCCCUUUUUCCCGCAACACAGAAGCAUUCAGUUCUUUCCUUUGACACCAGACAUUCGACACACUUCAUGGCUUCUUAGCCGGUCAGUUAGUAAGGGUUCAUUUGGGCAUGAAUAGUAUGGGGCAUGUAUGAGUUCUAGCUAGCUAUUGUGCUCACUUC